AUGUCGCUCCCCAGCGACACUCGUGGCACCGCGACUGCUGCUAACGGCGGUUCCGAUGGGAGCGAGAUGGCCGUCGGAUUCGUUGGCUUGGGUGCGAUGGGUGGUGGCAUGGCGGCCGCUCUGGUGAAGCGAGGCUUUGCUGUGAAGGGAUUCGAUGUGAGUGGCUUGAAAGGCUAUGAUGCGAUGGGCCUCAAGGGAUUUGAUCUUUGGAACCGCCCCGCUCUUUGCCUUACUCAACUCCCCGUCCCCCCUCGCUCCUCUGCUUUCCUUGUUCUUGUUUGGCCCACGCUCUCACCACAGGUGUACCCCCCGGCAUGCGAGAAGCUCAAAUCUGCGGGUGGUGCUGCUGCCGCCUCCGCAGCCGAUGCUGCUAAGGGAGCCGUGGUGCUGGUGCUGAUGGUGACCACGGCCAAGCAGGCCGAGGGGGCUCUGUUCGGCGAUGAGGGAGCACUGCAGGCUCUCCCUCCCGGUGCCGUCGUCAUUCUCUGCUCCACUGUUCCGCCUGAAUUUGCACGCAGCCUUGGCACCAAGCUCUCAGCACAGGGCAAGGGGUGGGAGAUGGUGGAUGCGCCGGUGUCAGGAGGGGUGGCACGUGCUGUGGACGGCACCCUCACUAUUAUGGCCGCAGCGACACCUGCUGCUCUCGCCAAGGCACGCCCAGUGCUGGAAGCCAUGAGUGCAAAGCUGUACAUCGUGGGAGACACACCGGGCGCAGGCAGCGCGGUGAAGAUGGUGAAUCAGCUGCUGGCAGGGGUGCACAUAGCGGCAGCAGCGGAGGCGAUGGCACUGGGGGCGAGGGCAGGGCUGAACGCGCGCAUGGUGUUUGAUAUCAUCUCACACGCCGCUGGCAACUCAUGGAUGUUUGAGAACCGAGUGCCGCACAUGCUGGACAACGACUACACGCCUCGCUCCGCCCUCAACAUCUUUGUCAAGGACCUGGGCAUUGUGUUGGGUGAGGCACAGUCGCUCGCGUUCCCUCUGCCCCUGGCAGCAGCAGCACACCAGCAGUUCCUGGCGGGUGCAGCAGCAGGGCUGGGCAGGGAGGACGAUGCUGCCGUGGUCAAGGUCUAUGAGCGCCUGGCAGGAGUAACAGUCGCCUCCGCCCUCCCCUCCACCUCAUCUCCCCCUUCCACCUCCUCCUCUGCUCCGUUCCCGGAGCCCACCGUCCAAUCAAAAGCCGCCAUGCUGGCAGCGCUGCCGCCCGAGUGGACGGGCAGCUUGGAAGUGACAAGGGGGGGCGCAGAGGGCAAGGAGGGAGGACAGGGAGAGGCGGUUCUGCCAGUGGUGGUGGUGUUGGAUGAUGACCCCACUGGCACUCAAACGGUGCAUGGGCUGCAUGUGCUCACCACGUGGGACGUGGAAACACUCAAGGCGGAAAUGGCAGCACUGGCGCACACCCCCAAUGCCGCCUUCUUCAUUCUCACCAACUCCCGCGCACUGCCCACGCAGCAGGCAGCAGCUCUCACGCGCACCAUCUGCAGCAAUGUCGUGACAGCAGCCCAGCAAGCAGGGAUCCUCAGCAGCAGCAGUGGUGGCAAGGAUCCGGGUUGCAGGGGCAUCACACUCAUUCUCCGAGGGGACUCCACCCUGCGAGGUCACUUCCCCCAGGAGGUAGAGGCAGCGGAGGCAGCGCUAGGCACAGCAGUGGAUGCGUGGGUGGUGUGUCCUUUCUUCCUGGAGGGGGGCCGCUACACCAUCAAUGACGUGCACUAUGUGGCCGAUGGGGCUGACAGGCUGGUGCCGGCAGCACAGACAGAGUUUGCCAAGGAUGCUGCCUUUGGCUACUCCCGCUCCAACCUCAAACAGUGGGUCGAGGAGAAGACAGGUGGCGCCAGGUCAGCAGCUGAUGUGGCAUCCAUCUCCAUCGAGACCAUUAGAGGGGGCGGCCCUUCCGCCGUCCUUAAAGCCCUCAUGGCGCUACCUAAGGGCAGUGUGUGCAUCUUGAAUGCAGCGAGUGACAGUGACUUGCACGUGGCUACAGCAGCUCUCCGCCACGCAGAGGCAGCAGGGCGCUCCUUCCUCGUGCGCUGUGCCGCUUCCUUCGUCUCCUCCCUCCUCUCCCUCCCCAAGCUGCCCCCGCUUGGUCCCCCUGAGUGGGCGCAGCUGCUGCUGGGGGGAGGAGGAGGAGGGGAGUGUGGGGGGGAAGGGGAGAAGGGAGGGGAGGGGGAGUGGGGGCGGAAGUUGAAGCGGUGGGGCUGGUUGCGGAGCAGUACCAGGGGUUUGAUUGUGGUGGGGUCGUAUGUGCCAAAGACGAGUGCUCAGGUCAGCGCUGCUGACGUGGCGUCUGACAGCUGGCAGGGGGAGAGGAGGCAAGCGACGGUGGCAGGGAUGGCAGGGGAUGCGGAGAAGGCUCUACAGGAAGGCAGAGACGUUGUCAUCAUGACGUCACGAGAGCUCAUCACUGGUUCAGACGCGGCCAGCAGUCUGGAGAUCGGGUCGAGAGUGAGCGAGGCGGUGGUCGAUGUUGUCAAGGCAAUCGGUGUGCGCCCCAAGUACAUUCUCGCUAAGACCCUCUUAACCAGCACCCAUUGCCCUCUCACAACCAUCACAGCGGCAUCACAUCAGCGGACCUGCCUUCUCCUCCGCCCCCCCACUCCCUUCCCACUUCCCUCCCACGCGCAUCAGGGAGGUAUCACAUCGUCAGACGUGGCAACCAAGGCACUGGGCGGUGGCAUCACAUCAUCCGAUGUGGCAACCAAGGCACUGGGCGUGAGGAGGGCGAGCGUGGAGGGGCAGGCCAUGGCAGGCGUGCCGCUGUGGCGCCUCGAUGAUGCCUCCAGGUUCCCAGACCUGCCCUACAUCGUCUUUCCAGGCAACGUGGGGUCAUCCUCCUCUCUUGCCAACGUGGUACAGCGCUGGCGCCAGCCCAUCACCCCGCCCCUGCUGACAACGCUAGACCUAGUGCGCGCAGCAGCAGAGGGCGGGUACGCGGUGGGCGCGUUCAACGUGUAUAACCUGGAAGGGGUACGGGCCGUGGUGAAGGGAGCAGAAGAAGAGAGGAGUCCGGCCAUCAUCCAGCUGCAUCCCUCGGCCAUCCAUCACGGGGGGGAACCCCUCAUGGCAGCAUGCAAAUCAGCGGCCAUGGCUGCACGCGUGCCCAUCGCCCUGCACCUCGACCAUGGCACGGACGUGGGCCUUAUUCAGCGAUGUGUGGAACAGGUGCGUGUGCCCAUGGUGCUGUGUGGAGGUGUGUGCGUCAGGCCAACACGCGUGGAGGUGUGUGCGUCAGGCCAACACGCGUGGAGGUGUGUGCGUCAGGCCAACACGCGUGGUGAUCUGCGCCCGAUACCCCCUCCCUCACCGCACAUGAGGUGA